AUGACCGAUAUUCGCUUUAAUUUCCCUGAAAUCAAGGUGAUCAAGGCCAACGGGCCACCUUCAAAUCCCGGUGUACUUGUUCUUUCGGUCGAAAACGUCCCCGAAGAUACCAAGGAAUAUCUGAAUCUCAGGUUCUUCAGCACUUCGGAUUUUUAUGCAGAUAUCGAUAUUCGACUUUGCAGAGACGAUGUGGUAACGAAACUUGAUCCGUCGACAUUCAAAAUCGAGCCUGCGACAAAUUCAGGGAAGGGAACUGCCACCAAGAACCCAGAGGAGGCCCUCACUAUCAUCUUUCCUCCAACUGACCUUCUCGUACCACAAAACGAUCCCAGAAUCGGUCAAGAACUCAAAAUAACGAAUUCUACCUGGGGUGUUGUGGUAGAAUUCUUUGAGAUCGAACUUAAAAGGAUAUAUGAUAGCUAUGGAAAUAGCUCUGGGAACAGCUCCGUAAAGAACCCCGAGAAGAGCUCCCAGUAUCCAAACGAGAAGACUGUACUACCUCGUGAUAUAGAUGCUCCUGCAUAUGCUAGUAGUAGUAAGGCCAUGGCUGCCUACAAUCCAAGCGAUCACCAGGACAACAAAGAGGGAAGGUUAGUUCUAGUUGACGAGGAGAAUGGGGAUGAGGUUGGUGAGGUCAACUCGUACCAUGUCCAUGCUAUUGGCGUAACUCCAGGAAGUAAAGAUCCAGUUGAAAUCCAAUUACCAGAGAAUCAGCAGGGAACUGUAACCGUUCGCCCUGCUCAGCCAGAAUAUCUCAGGGACUCAUUACACCCAGCGUACGCCAAAUCGACUCUUGUUAGCACAGCUGCAACAGCUUCGCGCUUGAUCGUAACCACGAGUUCCUAUGUCGCCAACGCGAUUCAGUCUGGAGCAGAUGCCUACGUAAGACGUACAAAACCGAACGAAGUUCCGAUGGUGUUCGACCCGAGCACGCACAACAGAGUCCGUCAAAUCCACACAGUGUCUACCAGCGCUGCUAAAAUUUCUGCCCAAACUAUUGGACAGGUAACGAAGCACGCUCAAAACAUUGGGGCCCGUAUCGCUGGCAAAAACCAGGAGCGACCCUCGAGGGGGCAGAUUCCAAACCCCGGGUUGCUAAACAAGGGGCUCAUUGCAUUCUCUACCAUUGCAGAUGGAAUAGACCACGCAUCUAAAAACCUGUUAAACUCGGGAGCUAAUGCAGCCACAACCGUAGUUGGCCAUAAGUAUGGCGAAGAAGCAAGAUCAGUUGCUCAUGGCCUGACUGGCUCUGUCACCAAUGUGGGCCUCGUCUAUGUUGACGCUUCUGGGGUUUCUCGGAGAGCCAUUAUCAAGGGUGUAGCAAAGGGCAUGGUUAUUGGAAAAGUGCGCGGAGGCGGUGAUGUCAUUGUCCCUGGGCCACAAGAUUCCAUUCCGGGCCAACAACUGCAGAUUAGCCAAGGAUUCAGCAGCACCACAUCUCUUCCAGCAAGUGGAGUAACUACCCCAGGCGGGUAUGGAAGUGAGGUUGGAUUUGGGAAUGCCGCGCCACCUUCUUAUGGUCAUGUUCAGGGCACGCAAGGCUUCAAUGGUUCGCCUAAUGGUAACGGAAAUAACCAAAAUUCAUAUUUUCCUCCGCCUCCACUACAAAGGAGCGUAACGGCCCCACAACCUACAGGGAACUAUCCACCCGAGAAAGUGUCUGAAAAUGGGCAGUAUAGAUACCUCUAA